AUGAGCUCUGUUCGUACAGCAGAAUCAAUUUCAAGGCAAAACAUACCUCAGUUAUUACCGCAUGGAGAAAUAUAUACAAUUAAUAUAGGAGACAAAACGUUCCAAUUAAGUGGCGAAUCGCUAUCUUUUGAUGGGCCAUCUUUUUUCACUGACUAUUUUUGUGCCAAUAGAAACACAAAAUCAAUAACAAUUAACCGAUCACCUAAGGUUUUUAAGAAGAUUUGUAUGUAUUUACAGGGGUAUGCGAUACAAAUUGGAAAUGAAUAUGACUAUGUCCAUCUAUUAGUAGAUGCAGCAUAUUAUCGAUUACAAAAGCUAAAAAGAGGUUUAGUAAUGGAACCCAUGAUGGUGUCUGUUGGGGGUGAAACUUUUAAAAUUUACAGGGAAACUUUGAAUUCACCGGGGAACAGUCCAAAUUAUUUUACACUAAUCCAUAGUACACUGAUGGGAAAUCCAUUUAUGGAAAACAACAGUUCAAUUCAACCGUUGCCUAUUCAGCCAAACACUUUGAACAGAAGCCCUCAAUUAUUUAAGGAACUAUUGUAUGGUUUACAUGGGCACAGCAUACAUAUUAAAAGUGAUUUGCAUCGACGUGACUUGAUUGAAGAAUGCGAGUAUUAUAGGUUCUUUGGACUUAAACAGCGACUUAUCAAACAUCAGAUAAGAACGAAUCCAUUCACAAACACAGAAGAAAUUACAAUAAACCAUACAGAUAUCAAAGUAAGCGGAUUGCUAAAUGAUACCAUGGAUUCCAUUAUUGGUUUGAACAACUCCUUCACUGUUGUCAAGUAUUCUAGGCCGUAUGUCGAUGAAGGUAUAUAUAGGGACCUCGUGAUCCAAUUAGAAUCAUCGGAGGUGAAUCUAAUGAUCAACACAUCGUUGAAGUUUUGCAAUUUACUAGUUUACGGAGAAACCUGUAUGCAGUUGAAAAAAAUACUUUCAAAGGUUUCUGACGAUUAUGUUUACGAACAAGUGGAUGGGAUGUCGAAGUUGAUUGUUCUAAUUCAGACAGCUGAUAGCGUUGGUAAAUUGAACGGUAUGACGAUGGACAAAGGAUGGAUAAAUACUCUGAUGGACCUAAAUGCAGAUUGUAAUGAAAACAGCUCACUUUCAAAGAAAGGAUUAGAGCCUGAUAAGGUAAUUGUUGCGAAAUUACUAAAGUCCCAAUGGACAAUACAUGUACAAGGCCGUUCCAAAGUUUGGAUGAAUUGUUUGAAAAUUGAUGGUGUUUUAGACCAAUCACAUUAUAAUGAAGAAAGGGUGUUCUUAUAG